AUGGAGAGACCUAUGGAAGGAAGCAGCACACCCGAAGCAGAGGGGGUCUGCACUGUGCCCGAGCAAAAGAGGGAGCCUGAGGCGACGUGCUCUGGGGAGCCUUCCACCAGCCGGGAAGCAAAGGCCAAAAAGAGUCGCACCUCCCGCUCCUCCCGGGCUGGGCUGCUCUUCCCUGUGAGCCGCACAGACAGGCAGCUACGCAGAGGACAGUUUGCUGAACGCUUUGGAGCCAGCGCUCCUGUCUACCUGGCUGCUGUGCUACAGUGGGUGACGCACAAGACCAUGGACAUGGCUGGGAGGAUUUCUAAGAAGAGCAAGCAACAGUGCAUCUCUCCAUGCCACUUGCAGAUGGCUGUGAAGAACAGCUCUGUACUCAAGCACCUUCUGGGAAGUGGGCCCAAGCGCCGUGGCAGGGCUGUCCCGCAAAGCCAGCGGAUGGCCUCACCCUCCAAAAGGAAGAAGACCGAGAGGAGGAAGAGAAGCCACAGGCGACAGGCUGCACCUGCUCGCGCCACUGCUGCUGUCACUGUCAAGUGA